AUGUCAGAAACGGAUGUUCAGAGGCUGUCGCUCGUGGGAGUCAAUCCCAACAGCCGCUCUUUAAAGUUUCUUAACACGAAAAACAACAUAGCAUCACUGAGCCUUAAGAAACAGUUAGCGUUGUUCGAGCGGCAGAAAUCCUUCAGUAUCGCGCUCAUUGACUCACAGAGGCACGAUGCCCAAGCGUUGCUGAAACAGGUCAAAAGGCUGGAACAUGAUUCCGAGGAAAAUCAAAGAUUACUCGGUCGAGAUGGCGAUUCUAUUACUCCGCCACCCCCUGUAACUCGUCAACGACGACGUCGGAAGAUUCGUCUUGCGAGAACAGCACCGGCGCAUAUGCAUCAUUCCGACGACGAAACUCAACAUACAGCAUUUGACAAAAGGCGCCAAGAUGUCAGAUCCGGUCCGGAGACGCAGGCGGAAAAAGAUCAAAUGCUAAAAUUAGACAGAAAACAAUCCGUGUUUCUGCAGUUGCCCGGCAAAGGAAAACAAACGCAUGCUUAUUAUGAUAUUGAUGUGCCUAAAAGACCAGAGUUACCUAGACCCAAUCCUAAAACGCUGCUUGAUGUAAUGGUAGGACUGAAUGCGUUUUCGCAUUUACCAAGAGCAAGAAGCAAUUCAAAUGAAAUGAGUGAUUCAUAUCGCGGAGACAGUCGAAUGUCGAUUAUUGAUGAAGAUUCAAUUUAUGGUAGCCAUGAAAAUAUAGCUAGAUCAUUCAUGACUCAAUGGAAAAACAAAGUAGCCUCCCGUAAGUUUAGCAUAAUUAAUAAACUUGAUAGUCAAAUGGCUCCACCACCAGUGCAAAGGUGCGACUCCAUUGCUCUUAGCAGCGUCCCGGAAGAAGACAUGUCUAUUCGCGGUCAUUCUCGAAAUCACCGGAAGUCAAAAUGGACAGUACGUCAUCAAAUGAAACAACCGUCUUUACCAGCCAUUGAUGAUGAGGAAGAACGUAAAGAACAUUUUUUAGAAUGGAUGGGUGAACAAAAAGCUAAGCUACGAAUAGAAAAAGAAUCUGUGUUUGCAAACUACCCAAAAGAUAAACAAGCCCAGAGAAGAAAGUCUUUUACAUGCUGGUUACAAGACAGACAAGAACAUAUCAAGCGUGACGAGUUCAGCGAUGAAGAAGAUGACGACAUAGCAGAUGGUGUACGGGAAUUUCUUGAAGAGGAUGAUGAUGAUGUAGACAACGGAAAACCUGCAAAUAUUGGCGAUUUAAUGAGAACAUUAUUGAAAAUAAAGACCAGAUUUAAAGACCCACUCGAUUCCCGUGUAAGGAGAUUCAAUAAAGAAAUUGAUGCAUUAAAGGCAAGAGAUGAAGCUCUUAGGAACAAAGAGCCAACGGCGUCACAGAAACGUCGUUGGAAAAUGUUAAUGUACGGAAUUGACGCGGCUUUAGCGGAUUCUAGUGAUGACGAAGAUUAUAACUAUUAUAACACUAUCUGA